AUGUCUCAAGGAACAGUACUUGUUAUUGGAGGUGGAGUUGCUGGUGCACUUACUUCUCUUUUUCUCAAACAAAAUGGAUUUUCACCGGAACUCUAUGAAAGAGUUGCAGCUUUUAAUGAUGUUGGAGUAGUUAAGCAAAUAAAGGGUUCACUCGCAUUGGCUCCAAAUGGUUUGAAGAUUCUAUCACAAAUACCUGGUUUAGACAAAAAGUUUUUAGACAACGGCGCAUCAUUCAACUAUCUUUCUCAUCGAACGUCACAUGGUACUAUACUGGCCGAGACACCCAUCGAUAUUUACUCAUUACGUUUCGGUUACCCUUUGUUAGGCAUCAAGCGUACAGUCGUCUUACGUUUAUUACAUGAAGAACUGAAUCGUCAAUUAAUUCCUAUUCAUUUUAACAAGUCAUUGUGUGCGUUGACUCAGUCGAAUGAGCAUGUGACUGUUGAAUUUCAAGAUGGCACGAAAGUCAUUGGCAAUUAUCUUAUCGGUUGCGAUGGACUUCGUUCAACAGUUCGACAACUUCUGUUUGGUUCAGAUCAACCAACGUAUACUGGUCUCACUCAAACAAUCGGUAUCACUGACCACAUUCGUCAGUUAGAUCGAUCGGAAAUGCUCAAUGUCUAUGGUGAUGGCGGAACUCACUUCAUCACCUAUCCAUUUAAUUCUAAAGAAGCUUGUUUUGCUUGCACAUUUCGCGAAUCGAUCGCUGACACGGAGUCUUGGCGAUCAUUGAGCACUGAACAGGCUCUAAAGUUCAUUCAAGAAUGUGGUUUUGCUCGAUGGGCAUCACCUGUGGACAAAUUCAUUUCUAACGCAUCUCGUUUGAUCAAAAUUGGUUUGUACGAUCGACCAGAACUAAAAACAUGGUACAAGGAUCGUGUUGUACUAGCCGGUGACGCAGCUCACGCAACCUCACCUCAUCUCGGUCAAGGUGCUAAUCAAGCCAUGGAAGAUGCUUACUAUCUCGUCAAAUUUUGGAAGAUAAAUAUCACUGAUCAUAUGAAAGCAUUCGAAGAUUAUACGCAGUUACGCAAAGAACGAACAAGUCGUCUUGUAACAGCAGCUCGACGUCAGGGUGAAGCAAGAGUAUGUAUAGAACCAGAAGAAUGUCAAAAGAGAAAUGAAAUGUUAAGCAAAGGCAUCAAUUUAAAUGAUAUUAGUUGGAUUUAUGACAUACAGUUGUGA